AUGGCACUCGAACACAAUGAGCCGAGCAAGCGAACCGAUAUUCGAUUCCCGCCAGGGAAUUCCAAAUGUCCGCUGAAAUCUUCCAUGCAUCUCAUGGUCCCUUGUCCCAAGUCUGGGAAAUCCUGGAUUGUGGCUAAAGUUCACGCACGCAGCAGGGAUGACGGCGAAGGAUGGAAACAGACUCGUAUCGAUACAACCCCUUCCAGGUCCUCCAUGCCUCACUCCAGUGGCCAUGGAAGAGGACCUGUCUGGACAGUAUUCUAUUCCGGGAUUGAUCUGCACCCGACAGAGCGCACUCGUCCUCCACAUUUCUUUUUCCGAAUCCGCUGUUCGGCGUCCCUCUUCGCCGGGCCUCCUCCCCAGGGCUCCAGGUCAGCGAAGCUGCUGAAUGUCUUUGCGCUGGUGCAGAUUGCAAUCGUUUGGCGUGAGCGGUUGACGAGCCAGGAGGUUGAGUGGAAGGUGGCUUCCAUAACCGGAGCUAGGGGCUUGGCAGGUCCCAUGCGGAGCGAGCUGGCCCGUGCGUCGCCACAAAUGUUGUCACGGUAUUUUACCGCCAUGCCCAAAGGGGCAAGGCUGUCAUCUUGCAAACGAAUGCAGCCUAGCGCCCCCAAACGAAGAUCCGCAAGGUGCAGAAUUUAG